AUGGCUGAUGUCCCCCCACCCACCCCAUCCGAGCUUUUAAGGAUGGUGACCGAGCUUCAACAGGCAAAUCAACGGAUGGCGGAGGACAAUCAGAGAAUGCAGAACCAGAUUGCGCAACUGGAGCAAGCUCACUUAGAACAUCACAACAAUGAUCAUGAGAACAACGAAAGAACUCAUGUUUCUGAGACGCCACAGAGCAGGGAUGAAGAAAACCGACGAAACGAAGAAGCUCACCCUGAUAAUGAGGAGGAGCAACCCGACAACUCGGCAGGACCGUUUACAGCCGAAAUAAUGAACUUUCAACUCCCCAGACAAUUCACCCUUCCGACCACCUUAGUGCCAUAUGACGGAUUGGGUGACCCAAAGCAACACGUCAAAAAAUUCCGGUCUAUCAUGAUUGUUAACGGUGCAUCCGAUCCAAUUCUUUGUCGAUGUUUUCCAUCUUUUUUAGACGGUCCUGCACUUGACUGGUUUUGUUCUUUGCCUGCAGAUUCAAUUUCCCGCUUUCAGGAGCUAGCCAGUCAGUUCGAGGAUCAUUUUGCAGCGUCUGCAAUAUACCUCCACGACUCAGACUAUCUGACGACUAUUAAGCAAGGACCACAAGAAAGCUUAAAAGAUUAUAUAACUCGAUUCACAAAAGUGGCCAUGCAGAUCCCUGACCUACAUCCUGAGGUCCAUUUGCACGCAAUUAAGAGCGGCCUGCGCCCAGGAAAAUUUCAGGAGACCAUCGCCGUUGCCAAACCCAAAACCUUGGCCGAAUUUCGAGAAAAAGCCAAGGGACAGAUUGAUAUUGAGGAGCUUCGCCAGGCACGAAAGGCAGACAAGUCGGCCCCAAAAGAUGAUGAAAAGCCAAGAGACAACAAAAAGAGUUUUAAGCCUGUCCCGCGAUAUGAAUCUUACACCCAGUUUAAUACCAAACGGGACGAUAUAAUCAAGGAGAUACUGAACUCUAAAUUGAUCAAACCCCCUCAGAAAGCAGGCACCUAUCCAGAAGCAAAGAACGUGGACAAAACCCGAUACUGCAGUUUUCACCAGAAGCAUGGCCACACAACAGACGAAUGUGUCAUCGCCAAAGAUCUACUAGAGCGCUUGGCACGCCAGGGACAUCUUGACAAGUUUAUUACAGGACAUAUGCAAAAGAGAGCGGCAUCGAGCUCCGAACAACUAACGCCAGGUCCGUCAUCAAAUGACAAAGAGAAAGCUCCUACUCAACCACGAGGGGUGAUCAAUUGCAUUUCUGGCGGUUAUGCUGGUGGUGGCCAUACAAGCUCGGCUAGAAAAAGAACUUACAGGGCCAUGUUAGCAGUCGAAGAUACUCCGCAUAGCCCCACUCCGGUGCAGGACAUCCUCGAGCUGACCUUCGGACACGCCGACCUUAAUGCUGCUUACACCAAUUAUGAUGAUCCAGUGGUCAUUUCUAUCCAACUGGCCGACCUUAUAGUAAAAAAAGUACUACUUGAUCCAGGGAGUAGCGCCGAUAUCCUUUUUUUUAGUACAUUUCAAAAAAUGAAACUGAGCACUAACAUUUUACAGCAAUACUCGGGAGAAUUAGUUGGUUUCUCGGGAGAGCGAGUCCCGGUGAUGGGAUCGGUGUGGUUACAAACCACCCUCGGAGAACAUCCCUUGUCUAAAACACAAGACAUCCAGUAUCUGGUGGUUGAUUGUUUCAGUCCCUAUAAUGCUAUAUUAGGAAGGCCAUUUCUCAAUAAAUUCACUGCAAUAGUUUCAACAUUUCACCUUUGUGUUAAGUUUCCUGUGCAGGAUAACAUCAUCGCAACCAUCCACAGUGAUUUACAUGAAGCUCGCCGCUGCUACAAUAUAAGCCUAAAGCCUACAAGGAAAACUGCCGAAGUUCACAUCAAUUCUAUACAAUCAGAGCAGCCAGCCUUAGCCGAGCUGGACCCAAGAGCCGAUCUUCAAGAACGACCUACACCAAAUGAAGAUCUAAUAAAGGUCGCCUUGACUGAUGAUCAAGCAAAGUUCACCUUCAUCGGAGCGUCAAUGCAUAAAGACGCGAAGGAAAAGCUGACCACAUUCUUACGUCAGAAUGCCGAUCUAUUUGCUUGGACCUCAGGGGAUAUGCCGGGAAUUAGCCCAUCAGUAAUAACACACAGAUUAGCAGUCAACCCAUCAGCCCGACCAAUUUCUCAGAAAAAGCGAAAUCUCGGAAACGAAAAGAGAGAGGCCUCCAUGAUAGAAGUCAAAAAGCUCAUCGAUGCUCAAUUCAUACGGGAACUCAGAUUCACGACAUGGCUAGCUAACAUCGUUAUGGUAAAAAAACACAACGGUAAAUGGCGCAUGUGCGUCGAUUUCACUGAUUUAAAUAAAGCAUGUCCUAAAGAUGCUUAUCCCUUACCCUGCAUAGAUAGCUUAGUAGAUAACUCAUGCGGUUACGGUACACUGAGUUUCAUGGAUGCAUAUUCUGGUUACAACCAGAUUUUUAUGCAUCCAUCAGACCAGGAAAAAACAGCUUUCAUAACUGAAUAUGGCAGGAACCUUGAAGUCUAUGUGGACGACAUGGUCGUCAAAACAAAGGUCGGCCACGAGCAUACCAACGACCUUGAUGAAAUAUUUGCCCAAGUCAGAAAAUACAAUAUGAGGUUAAAUCCUGAGAAAUGUGCCUUUGGCGUCCGUGGAGGAAAGUUCCUCGGGUUUAUUCUAACAAGCCGAGGAAUAGAGGCCAAUCCAGAGAAAUGCAAAGCUAUCCUUGACAUGCACAGUCCCACUACAGUAAAGGAGGUUCAACGGCUAACAGGCCGCCUGGCCGCAUUAUCCAGAUUCUUGCCGUGUUUGGCAGCUAAAUCUUUUAACUUUUUUCAAUGCUUAAAGAAAACAACAAAACAAUUUUCUUGGGAUCAACAAUGUGAACAGGCAUUCUCAAAUUUAAAACAGUUUCUAUCUAAACCCCCUGUUUUGCAAAAGCCAAAGCUCGGCGAACCCUUAUAUCUAUACUUAUCUGUGACUGAUGCGACUAUUAGUUCUGUUCUUAUUACAGAGAGCAACAAGGAACAACAGCCGGUUUACUUCGUGAGCAAGUCACUGCAGAAUGCCGAGCUACGUUACCCAAUGCUCGAGAAGCUCGCCCUCGCACUAAUCUUCUCUGCCAGGCGACUCCGACCAUACUUUCAGAGUCACACGAUCAUUGUUCGGACAUCUCACCCGCUUCGUCAGAUACUUUCUAAACCUGAGUUAGCAGGACGAUUAGUUAAGUGGUCCAUAGAGAUAUCCGAAUUUGAUGUUCAGUAUCAGCCCAGAGGGUCGAUCAAAUCUCAGUAUUUAGCAGACUUUGUAGCCAAGCUUACAUCCUCAGAGCCCGACGAUAAAGAACAAACUUGGACGUUAUUCGUUGAUGGAGCUUCGAAUCCCCAAGGGGCAGGUGCAGGCAUACUACUUGAAAGCUCGGAAGGCAUAGUAGUCGAGCACUCUCUCAAAUUCUCGUUCAAAGCAAGUAACAACCAGGCCGAAUAUGAGGCCCUCAUCGCCGGGCUCAGGUUAGCUAAAGACUUACAUGUCAAAUUUCUAAAAAUUCACUGCGAUUCAUUACUAGUUGUGCAGCAAGUAAACAAUGGUUUUCAAACAAAAGAUCAGAUAUUGUUGAAAUACCUAGAUAUUGUCCAAAAGUUAUUACAUGAUUUUUCAAAGGUUGACAUCAGCCAUAUACCUAGGGAACAGAACAACAGAGCCGAUAUUUUGUCAAAAUUGGCCACAACACAAACACAAACUUCAACCCUAUUCCAAUCAACUCUAAGCAGACCAAGCAUUGAUAUACCUAAUAUCCUAAGCACAAUUAAUCAAAAGGGUUGGCAACAACCUUACAUACAUUAUCUUCAAAACGGUACUAUUCCAGAAGAAAUUCAGGAAAAGAGUAAAUUUAAACGACAAGCCUCCUUUUUUACACUGAUGAAUAACACUCUUUAUAGGCGAGGAUAUUCUCGACCUUUGCUAAAAUGCUUGAACAGGGAAGAAGCUUAUAUUGUCUUGGCAGAAGCCCAUGAGGGCAUCUGCGGAAUACAUUGUGGUGCUCGGACUUUAGCACGAAAGGUACUCCGGGCAGGCUUUUACUGGCCGACGAUAUGGGACGAUAGUAAACAGAAAGUCAAAUCCUGUGACAAAUGUCAGAAACACUCACCGAUGAUUAAUAUGCCAGCAGAGCAUCUUCAUCAGGCCGAGGUAAGCUGGCCGUUCAACAGAUGGGGAAUGGACAUUCUUGGACCGUUCCCCACGGCCCCAAGACAGGUGAAAUAUUUAGUGGUUGCAAUAGACUAUUUUUCAAAAUGGAUCGAGGCACAACCCUUGGCAAAAAUCACAUCAUCCCAAAUGAUAAGUUUUGUUUGGAAAAACAUAAUUUGUAGAUUCGGUGUACCACACCAUAUUGUUACUGACAAUGGUCGGCAAUUCACUGACCAUAAUUUUAAGGAGUUUUUGCAGAACUUAAAAAUAAAGCAGCAUUUUUCGUCGGUGGAGCACCCACAAUCAAACGGCCUAGCAGAGGCCGCUAAUAAAGUCGUCCUUCAGGCACUACGAAAGAAACUUGACGACGCAAAGGGAUUAUGGGCCGAACUUGUACCAGAAGUGCUAUGGGCGUACAACACUACAGUACAUUCAACGACAAAAGAAACGCCGUUCCGCUUAGUCUAUGGAUCCGAAGCAAUGAUCCCUAUGGAGAUAUCGCAAAGUUCCCUCAGAACGCAGUCCGAGCAUCAUAAUGAAGCUCGGCAGGCAGAGCUUGACCUAAUUGAAGAAAUUCGAGAAACAUCAGCUAUUCGACACCGAGCACUACAACAACAGUUAAGCCGACGAUAUUCACGAAUAGUUCAGCCGAGAACAUUCAACGUCGGCGACUUGAUCUUAAGAAAAACUGAGCAAGCCCGCCGACCUCCUUCCCAUGGAAAGCUCGCCGCAAACUGGGAUGGCCCCUACCGAGUAUACGAAGUCCUCGGACGAGGAGCCUAUAAGUUGGAGCAAUUAGACGGCACAAAAAUUCCAAGCACAUGGAAUGUCAACUCUUUGAAACGAUAUUACAGUUAG